AUGGACCUCACCCCCCUCCUCCACUCCCUCCACGCCUCGGCCCAGGACAACGGCCUCUACUUCCAACAUGGCGCCUCGGCCGACGUAGGCCGCAAGCGCUUGGCCUCGGCCUUCACCACCCUGGCACGGCUCAGCCUCCUCCUCAGGCACCCCCUGAGGAGCCUCAGCCUCUCCUGCCACCUCUACGACCUGGAUGAGGCCAGCCAAGGCAAUGGCUACCGAAGCUUGGUGCUGGUAGCCCAACGCUGCCUGGCUCAGGCCUUGGGGAGCAGCAAGGCCGUGGCCGCCCGGCGCCGAAGCGUCUUCUUCAGGCCUGGCCACAAAGCUGCUGAGCUCGAGGCUUAUUGUGCUGCCCUCACCCAGAUCAAGGCUCUGCUGGGCUUGGCAGGGAGGAUCCUGGAGAGAAACCCCCCUGGCAGCCUGUUCCCAGCUGAGGGGGAGGAAGGGGAGGACUUGAGCCAGAUGGUGCUGAGGGAGUACAGCACCAUGAGCAAUGGCUGCUUCUAUGGCAGGUGUAUUGGCUUCCAGUUCGCGCCGUCGCUGCGGCCGCUGCUCCAGGCCAUCACCAUCGGCCUCGUGUCCUUCGGCCAGAGCCACGGCCCCGGGCAGCCCGGCCUGGGCUCAGCCGCGGGGUCUCUGCUGUCUGGGGGGCUGCUGGCGCUGGACCCGGAGCUGCGUGGGGCCGAGUUCGAGCGGGUGACGCAGAACCUGGACGUCGGCUUCUGGAAACGCUUCUGGAACCUCACAGAGACCCAGCUGCUGGCG